AUGCCUGAGUCUACCGUAGAUAAUAGUAAUACUAAUAACUCCGCUGGAACCAAAAAGUUUCCGACUACUGGGCUAACGGGUAGAAAAAUCAUCUAUGAUGAAGAUGGCAAGCCAUGUAGAGCCUGUAACACUCUUUUAGAUUUCAAAUAUGCUACUGGAAAGUUAGAUCGAAAAUCUGUAGCAGCAGCGACAACCACCACUACCACCAGGAGUGUGAAAUCAUCAAAGUUAAAUUUAAUCCCUGGUUCUAGGUCAUAUAGAAGCAUUCCACCACCGAAUAAAGAAGAAAUAGGAACUAGUUCUUGGAUGUUGUUGCAUAGUAUUGUCUCUAAGUUUGAUGAAAAGGAACCAACACAGAUCGAAAAAAUUGAAAUGAAAAGAUUUUUAGAAUUAUUUGGCAAAAUUUAUCCUAUAAAAGAACAUGGUCGAAAUAUGACACAAUAUAUCAAAUCUAAUCCUAUUGAUGUUACUAAUAGAUCUACUUUAGGCCAGUGGUUAAGUAAAUAUCAUAAUUCUGUAAAUGUUAAAUUGGGCAAAGAAUCAUUUGACACUAAAUUUUGGGAAGAUAGAUGGGUCAACGGUUGGGAUUAA